UUAUGUUCUAGUUAUGUGCAUCGGAUAUAAAAAAAUACAUCUCCCUCGCACCGCCGGCGUUCAUCUUCCGCUCUCUCCCUUACUCGCGCUCGGCAGUCGGCACAGGCGACGGCGGCGGCGCUCGGGCUCUCAGCGACGGCGGCAGCGGCUUCCCCUCUCGCCUCGCGCCCUCGCCUCCGGUCCUCCGCACACCGGUCGGUGACCCUGUGUGCGUGCCUCUCUCUCUCCUCCCCCCUCUAGUGGAUCGUCAACGGCUUCCGGCCCCGGAGGCUUCGCCGCGCGCGGACUGAGGGCAGCGGGAGCCAGCAGCCGCUGCUCCACCAAGGCGAUCGCGCCGCUUUGAGAGCUCAUGCCCCAAAGCGAAGCGUUACCCAUCCUUUUAGCGCUUCAGCAGGCUCAAGGGUGCGCUUAGUGCUGCCUUUUGGAAUUAUCGUUCCUGGCCAAUUUGUCAUCAGAUCACCAUACAUGACAAGGGUCAUCCAUGACUCCGGAGAUGGCAUGCAGAAGGAGGCACUUGAUUUGGUCUCAUCUGAUGUUAACUUUCCCAAGGGCUGUUUCCCAGACUAUAGGAUUGGACCAAACAACCAAAUCAUUGAUCCAGAGGAAACGCAUGAGGCCGUACCUCUCAAGGAGGUUGUUGCAAAGGAAACAGCGCAGCUGCUAGAGCAGCACAGGCGCCUUUCUGUGCGUGAUCUCAAGGAGAAGUUUGAGAAGGGUCUAUCUAGCGCUUCCAAGCUUUCUGAAGAGGCUAAGCGUCGAGAAGCUGCUUCAUUAGACAGGCAGGUUCUUUUGAAGAAGCUCAGAGAUGUUUUAGACACACUGAAAGGUCGUGUGGCUGGUCGAAAUAAAGACGAUGCUGAGGAAGCUAUCUCACUGGUGGAGGCACUAGCUGUCCAGCUGACACAACGAGAAGGGGAGUUAAUUUAUGAGAAGGCUGAAGUAAAAAAAUUGGCUAACUUCCUUAAGCAGGCUACUGUAGAUGCACGCAAAGUAGCUGAAGAGGAAAGGGCUCUUGCACUUGCUGAAAUUGAAAAGGCUAGAGCUGCAAUCGAAAAAGUCGAGAAAGCAUUUCAUGUGCAUGAUUCUACGAAAAGCAGCAGAGAGGAGGUACUUAUUUCAGAAAUAGAAGAACUUAGGAAAGAGGUCCGAGAGGCUAGGAGGAUAAAAAUGCUACACCAGCCAAUCAAGGUCAUGGACAUGGAGUUUGAGCUUCAGGCACUGCGGACUCUCAUCUCACAGAAGACUCAGCUAUGCAAUCAGCUAAAUAAAGAGCUUGCCACGAUCAAGAGGUUAGAAGUAGAUAGUUCUGACCUCUUUGAGCUUGAAGGUUCUAAUACCCUUGGAUCGCAGUUUUGUAUUAUUCCUCGAGUUGAUGGUGCUCCAAACAUUGCGAACUGUCCAAUUCAGUGGUAUCGUGUAAUUUCUGGUGGCAGUAGAGGACUCAUAUCGGGAGCAACAAAAUUUACGUAUGCCCCAGAACCGUUUGAUGUUGGUCGAUUAUUACAAGCAGAGAUUAUUUUGAAUGCAGAUAAAAUCAUAGUUCAGACGGAUGGCCCUAUAGAUAAUGGCAGCGUCGCGCCCGUGACAGGCGCCGCGCACAGGAGCGCGCAGGGCGCGCAGAUCUGGGAGAUCGGCAGGAGCUUAUGGAAAGCAGUGGCUAGAAAGGUAAGUAGAAGUAUGGAAAGUAGAGGGAAGGAAAGGAGAGAUUGAUGAGUGAUUGAUUAGUAGAAGA